AUGCCGCCAGCAUCUGCCGACUCGAAGCCAAUGUACGCGAAGGAUGAGAAGGCUCUCUGCUUCCAUGGAGAAUUACUUUAUGAAGCGAAAGUCCUUGAAGUCAAGAAAAUCGAUCCCAAAGACAAGACUAGUCCAUACGAGUAUCGGGUGCACUACAAGGGAUGGAAGAAUACCUGGGAUGACUGGGUCACACAAGACCGGCUUCGCAAGUUGACCGACGACAACAAAGAGCUCGCAGCCAACCUCCGCCGCGAAGUCCAGCAGCAACAGCAACAGACCAAGUCCAGACCUACAGCAACGUCCAAGUCUCGCAAGCAGGGCUCAGAGCUAGGAUCUGGUCGCGGCAGCGAAGAACGCCAUUCGUCAGUCCCUGCAGGUGGUCGCGGUACCAAGCGUGGUAGAGACAACGACAUAGAGAAGGAAGAGCACUUCGCGAACCGUCCUUCCAUCCGCUUACCGAUUCCUGACCAACUCAAGUCUCUCCUUGUAGACGACUGGGAGAAUGUCACCAAGUCGCUGCUUCUCGUUCCCUUGCCGUCGCAAGCUCCAUGCAACUACAUUAUUGACACCUACUACAAUGAACAGAAGCACAACCGCCGGCCUGGCAGCGCUGAUGCCGACCUGUUACUCGAGUUGUGCUGCGGCUUGAAGCUCUACUUUGAGAAAGCGGUUGGCAAGAUCUUGCUGUAUCGCUUCGAGCGUCUUCAAUUAGCUGAUGUGCGCAAGCUUUGGGAGUCUGGUCGCUACCCCGAAUGGGAGGGACGCGGCCCAGGUGACUGCUAUGGCGCUGAGCACCUGACUCGAAUGAUCGUCAACAUGCCUGAGAUCAUCGCCCAGACCAACAUGGACCAGCAGUCGAUCACCCGCCUCAAAGAAGAGCUGACCAAGUUCUGCACCUGGCUCAGCCGCAACAGCGCCAAGUUCUUCUGUGCCAAGUACGAAAAGCCGUCGGCUGAAUAUAUUGAGAGCGCACGCUAG